UUCACAAAGCUAGGUUUGCCGGGUAAGCUAGUCUGUACAAUUAAAAGUUGAUUACUAAAUUAAACUCGUGUGAUUGGCAAUUACUAAAUGCAAUAAAUUGCAUCGUCAUCGUUAAUCAACACAUAUGACACCGUUUGCAACAGUAUCGCACAAAGCUUAUUCAGUUUAAUAACAUCCACUCGAGAGAGAAAAAAAGAACGCCGAUUAGAUAACCUUAACUCUAAUCUGGAGCGAAUCACACCACAACCCCCAAACGCCAUGAGUCGUCAAAUGCGAAUAUGGCAGCAUCGAGUAUCAUGACUGUGAGCUUGCUCGACACCAUAUCACACGCACACACACGCGCAGAUAACACCCCUCCAAAGUUCACAGCAGCCCUACCCAGAACCGGUCCAGCAGCAGUUGCAGAUGAUUAUCGCACCAUCGAUCGUAGCGUACUCACGCAAACAAACGUCAGUCAUCCGUCAAAAGUCGAAAGAAAAGAACUGUGCAUCGUUCCGUGUAUGAAUGCUGAUGUCCGAAAGCGGUGCCGGAUAAACAAAGACGCACAUCCGAAACGAUGUCCGACCUGACGACGGUUUUCUACGGCACGGUAGCAUUUCUGCUGCUGGUAAUGCCCAUCCUACAGUGGCUGAUCCGGCGUGUACAGAUGAGCCGAAUUUACGACAAGAUACCCGGCCCGAAAGCGUACCCAUUCGUCGGAACGCUGUAUUUGUUUUUCGGCAAAAAAUCCCACGAGAUAUUCACGAUGAUCGAUCAAAGAACGCGCCAGUACGAUGGGAUUCAUCGCAUCUGGGUGGGGAUGACGCCGGAGGUGCGACUGAGCAAGGCGGAGUACGUGGAGCAAAUCAUCAGUGCCAGCAAGCACACGGAAAAGGCAAACCUUUACCGCUUUCUGGCCGACUGGCUGGGAGAAGGUUUGCUCACGUCCAAAGGCGAACGUUGGUUCCAGCAUCGGAAGCUCAUUACACCGACCUUUCACUUCAACAUCCUCGAUGGGUUCUGUGAGGUGUUUGCCGAGAAUGGGUCCGUGUUGGUCGAGCGCCUGCAGCAACACGCUGACAUUGGCCGUCCGGUAAACAUCUAUCCCUUCAUAACGAAGGCCGCGUUGGACGUAAUUUGCGAAACGGCCAUGGGAGUGAAGGUACACGCACAAACCAGCGGCGAAGACAAUGCGUACGUGAACGCCGUUUACGAAUUAAGUUCACUGUUUCUCGAGCGACUUGUACGCCCCUGGCUGCAUCCAGAGUGGACAUUUAGGCGCUCCGCACUCGGUAGAAAGCAACGCGAGCUGCUUGGUGUGCUGCAUGGUUACACACGCAAGGUCAUACGGGAGAGAAAGCUUGCGUUGCAGCAGAACAUCAGCGAAAGCAAUCAACCGACGGAGAACGAGUUCGGGCGCAGAAAACGAUUGGCAUUUCUCGAUCUGCUACUCCAGAGUGCUACCGAUACAGGGCUUCUUACCGAUGAAGACGUCCGCAAAGAAGUCGACACGUUUAUGUUCGAAGGUCACGAUACGACUACGGCCGGUAUGAGUUGGGCCCUGUUCCUACUCGCGCUCCAUCCGGAUGUACAGGAACAGGUCCAUCAGGAAAUUGAUUCCAUUUUCAAUGGUAGCGACCGACCGGCAACGAUGCAGGACCUGAACGAGAUGAAACUGUUGGAACGGUGCCUUAAGGAAACACUUCGACUCUACCCUUCGGUGUCCUUCUUUGGACGUACACUCAGCGAAGACGUUACCCUCGGCGGUUACCACGUCCCAUCUGGAACCAUCAUAGGCAUCCACACGUACAACGUGCAUCGAGACGAACGAUUCUUUCCGGAUGCGGAAACCUUCGAUCCGGAUCGCUUCCUGCCGGAAAACAGUGAACGACGGCAUCCGUACGCGUACAUCCCGUUCAGCGCUGGACCGCGGAACUGCAUCGGCCAGAAGUUCGCACUGCUCGAGGAGAAAAGUCUCGUCUCGUCCAUUCUGCGCCACUUCCGGAUCCGCUCGCACCGGACACGCUCACAGCAGCUUGUCGUGAAUGAACUAAUUACCCGACCGCAGGAUGGAAUUUUACUCUACCUAGAGAAGCGAAAGCACUAGGAUCGAUGGAACUCAUUCUUGCCCGGGUUUGCGAAGGUUGCGGAAGCUUCUCUUCUCACAUAAACACACCCACACGCUCUUAUUUUCACCCCCGAGAAGAUCGGGAUUAAGUGCUUAAUAAAGCGCUUCCAGCUUUAAGAAAGAGGCUACCAACCUAACCAUUGCAUCAUACGACAGCUGUGAAACCGACGUGCAUUAAGCAAAUAAAAUAUUCAACUUCAUCGCGC